AUGUUGCUACGCUCCGUAAUAUCUGCCGUCUCAGGUGCCCUGCUUGUCUGUGCCCUGCCAGAACCAGUCGCCCGUCGUGCCGAUAUCAACGAAGUUGCACAGACUGACGCAGAUAUUCCCUACCACAAUUUGCUGACGGAUGGUACUCAAGUACGGGUUGGGUUGGAGCAAGAAGAGACUAUCCAGCAUCCUGACCGGCCACCUCUCUCCCCCUCUCCGCCCUCCGGGCCCCAUCCACCUGCGGAGGAUACUGAGAAGACCAUCUACCAGAUCCUCAGUGAUGAUCCGAAGUUCUCUCGUGUCUUCAAGCUUGUGAAUUCAGUCGAUGACGUCACUCGACUGCUGAAUGAUUCUUCCGCGAAUGUAACGUUCUUUGCCCCUCCGGAUUGGGCACUACGCAAGGCGGGAUGCAGGAGGCAUGCGGUACAGGACACCUCUCCCUUUUUUGAGGACGACCGUUCCCGCAGUUCUUCCCUUACUAUGCGUGAACAGAACUUCAAUCAACAUGAUCUUUUCCAGGUCGCCCACGGUUUUAUCGACCUCGGCUCUACGUCAGAGUGCAAUUCACUGAAACACUCUGAUAUGGCCAAGAUCAUUCGCGCCGUUCUAUUGUAUCACAUUCUUCCAGCAGCAUUGCCUACCAAUGAGUUAGCCAAGAACACUACUCGGGCGACAAAUCUCACACUGAGCGACGGUUCCCUGGGCGGCGAACCCCUGCGAGUCCGUGUUAGCUAUGCGUCCAGGAUAGCGCCUAUUCUCGCGGUUAACGUCUACGCCAAGAUUGUUAAAGGGGAUAUUUCCGCCGCAAACGGUAUUAUACAUGAAAUCAAUCACCCGCUGCUUCCUCCCCCCACUAUUUUUGAGAGCCUGUUUUUACUACCAGACAUUUUCUCAACAUUGACUUCUGCCCUUGGACGCGUUGGUAUAGCCAACAAGAUCGACUACCAUCAUAACGGGGAGAAUGGAGGGACUCCUGCGGUCACUUUCUUUGCGCCGACCAAUAAGGCGUUCGACAAACUGCCGAGGAAGUUGAAAUUCUACCUCUUCUCUCCCUUUGGAGAGAAGGCAUUAAAGAAGCUACUGGAGUAUCACAUCGCACCUGGGUUCAUUCUCCAUUCUGAUUGGGUGCACAAUGUUUCAGACGCCCUCGACGUGUACCGUGAGGACGAGCGAAGCGGCGCCAUCGGUCCUUACCACCCACAAGUGAGGUCUACCAGCGAUGCGUACACGAUGCCAGAGUGGGUCACAACGUUUGAGCGGUUGAGCGGCUUCUAUCGAUGGAUGGAAUGCGAGGGGACCACCUCAUCGUCCGGCAAGGUGCAUGUGCACCCAAGGACGGCAAUUGUGUGUCCACAUGGAUACAGCGUUUCCCAUAGCCGGUUGGUGGCUCCAGGUUUCCCACUUCCAAGACCUCCGCCGCCUGUCUUCGAGCGUAAUCUCACCGUGCCCACACUCCUGAGUAACCAUUCUCUGGGAGUGUACGUCACGCAGUUCGAGACCAAACUUCCCCUGCGUAGGCGGGUCUACCACACACAUGUGCUUGUCGACCACCAACUGGUAACAGUAUCUGACCUCGUGGCCAGAAACGGCGCUUUCCACGUCGUGGAGCGCGUACUGAACCCGAUCAGACACCCCAGAAGGCACCCCGAGACGCCCACCGAUGUUGAAGAGGACGAAUGGCAGGAUUGGGAAGAGUGGUUGCCACGUUGGGCGGAAGAGAAUUGA